AUGCAAGCCGAUCUUUCAUACUAUUCGCAUACGAUCGAGUGUAAUUUCUUGAUUGAACGUAUGAAGCGCUGCUAUCACGAUCAUCCUCUAGGAAAAUUUUUGGGCUUCUGUGACAAAGAAAGUAGUGAUGUUGCUGCAUGCUGUCACGAAGAGCGAAUUCUCAAGAGGUAUAAUACACAUCAUUUUUUACCUUCUUUGUGA